AUGUUACGUAGCCUCAGCCAAUCGACUGUCCUGAUGCAGCUCGUACAAGUUGUUGUCUCUGGACCAGACGAAUCCCUACCUCUUACAGAUCAGUUUCGGAAAUGUCACACGGCAUCCGAACUUUUGGCUGCCAACGUUCCUCGUUUAAAUUACGCUCUUUUGCGUGAUUCACACUCAUUGGAUCUCCUCUACACCACACUCCUGAAACCGGAUGUGACCUCUCUCGCAUCGAGUUUCGUGUACAAAAUCCUAUUCGCCCUAAUGCAGUAUAGCAUUGAUGAAAUGUACAGUUUCUUUGCGGCCAAAUCCGAUCUGCCUUCUUUCCUGCUCGCCAAUUUGAUGAGGCCGGCAGUUUUAGAGAUUAUAUCUCGGCUUCUCCAGUUUUCUAACUAUUCCGAGAUGAGUACUAGACUGAGCAAUUCCGUAUUGGUUCCGGAGUUACUGAAUCGAUUCCCACUGCCGGAGACUCGUAGCGCUUCUGUACAGUUGCUCGCCGGUCUACUUGCUGCUUGUCGGUUGCGAAGUUUCCCUGGAUCGAUAGCUUCUUUGACUAGACGGGAUCCGCUACUAGACAAACUCGAAAGCGUGGAAACUAUACAGUCGCUACUCUCACACAUGUUCCAACCGUCCACUACCGAAGAUAAUCAUGAAUCGAUCAGUAUUCAGUCAGACGAAUCAUUUAUCAGUGGGUUGAUGUAUUUACGCUGUCUGAUCGAUCCAGCCUCCAAAAUCGAAGCUGGUCCAGAAUUGCCUCCCCUACCCCGGUUAGAUGCUCCUUAUCUGUGGUCUGAGCCCGUCGGCAGGACGCUCGGUGAACUUAUCCUUCCCUAUCUGGGUGAUCUCCGCCGGCGUUUGGUGGUGCCUUCUGAUUCGCCUCCAUCUCAAGCACAACGAGAUCGGCCGGUUCGUCUGACGGCGGUGCGGCUUCAUAUCGCUCGAUUUGUCCACUAUCUGUUCUUGGCAAAAUCCGAAACCUUAGUCAAGGAACUACUCCGUUUAGACUUUUUGAAUAUUCUCAUGGAUUUAUUUUUCCAAUUCUCCCUGAAUUCUUUCUUGCACUCGACGUGCGAGAGUAUCAUUCGACUGCUUGUAUACCGUGCCCUGCUCACUGUGACUUUUGAAUCACCUCCGGAACGAUCGCCCAAUGUUAGCCUCUCGCUGGACUCUGCGGAUGCAGUACAUCGCAUGUUUUUCAGUCCGAACGAAGCGGCUGACAAAGAGAAGCCACUUGAGAUGGCUGGUAUCCAGGAAGAAGGGUUGACCACCGGAAUCAUAUCCAGUCCACCAUACCCUAAUGUUUACUGGGCAUUUCUUCGUCAGCUGAUUGUUGAAGGGGAUAUACUGGAGAGAACCCACAAGACAUGGGUUGCAGAACCCUCGAACUCACGUUCUCGCGGUAACCUCGGUCAUCUUCGCCUCAUUUCGAACCUCCUGACUGCUGUGAUCGGGCCGUGUAAAACUCCAGCGGAACCAGAUCCCGCACUGAUUGGUGACGAGCUGAAUUUGGUCAUCACUGCGGAUCACCUGAGUGCAGUUGCCACAAAUGGUUGCACGUAUGAAUCAAAGACAAAUCCUGAUCUGUGUCUCUAUAUACGUACCGACAUUCCUGCCGAUGCUUGGGCUAACUGGUGCGAGUUCGUAUCCGGCCCUCUGGCUGAAGCUAACGAAAAGUCCUUCAUUAAUUUUGCUGAAUUCCCCAAUUCCGUUUCCUCCAGCGACCACACUGCAAUGGACUACAAACCCUCUGACAUGGCCAUCUCCCAGGCCUUGCAGAACGCAUAUGCAAACUACUGCACAAGGCCACUCACCUCUACGUUCAUGGACCAGUUCGGUUUUGCCGAGGACGAAUUUGUUGAACCUAGUAACCACCCCAACUGGGUGCUAGACGCUCGACUCGCUGAGAUCAGCUUUGCCCUGCAUAUCAAUGAAGAUAUGGAGAAUAGCACUUUGUUCGAACAGGCUUGUAACGACAUCAUCCAACUGAACGACGAAGAAGUUGGCAAGGAAGCCAUAUGUAUUCCUGAAAUCUCAUGUACGCCUCCUAUUGAUGCCAAUCCAACCUCACCCACACCACAAGAACCAGAUUCCGAUAAAGCACUUUUCGAUUCCCACACAGCGAGUUCGUCGGAGAAACCAGUGAAAAAUAUUGUUCCCACACGUGCCAAGAUUUUAGAGAUAUUUGAUGAACUGCAAUCCAACAGUUCCGAAGAUGAAGCAGUCGUUAUCGGUUGUGCUUCCACAACAACGACGGAAGACGAGGACCCUGAUUUGGUGGUGAUUGAAUCUGGCUUCCGAAAGUCCACUGCCUUCUCCAAUUUGGCCGAAAUCGAUGAGCGAGAGCUUUCGGCUGAGCUUGUCCCCAAACGUGCUGCUCCAACCAAGUCAUGUACUUCUGUGUUACCAGUCCUGCGCGAAGCUGAGUUGGAUGAAGAGCAGGAGCUGAGAGAGAAUGGGGAUAUUGUUGGUACUCAAGCGGAACUAUCAUUUAAUGAUUGGUCAGCGUCCCCCUCACCAAACAACCGUAUCUACACUCACCGUCCUGUCAGUUGGAGCCCAGGUUUCUGUUCCAAGCAGCUGGUCAACGGUAAAACUGGGCCCAAAAAGUCACAUCGACGACCGACACCUCCGGUUUUUCAGAAUCUUCGAACAAUCGAGUCCCUUCAUCCUCUUCUAUGUGUCGAUAGUGGUGAGAAAGAGGAAGAUGAAUAUUCCCCUGUGGAAUCAACCGAGCACGAUCUAUCGCUAAAUCGUCUCCGAGAUAAGGAACAAAAUGGCAUGCCACAGCACCGUAAUCAAAUCAAGUGUGAAACCAACGGUGUGUACGACUCUGACACCCGUAUCGAGGACGCGAAGUUGAUGGACGGUAAAUCGGACGAGCAUAUCAAGUUAAGUACGGAAACCUCUAGCCGAUUCCCGCUGGCCGGUUCAACCUGGCACCAUCCGCAAUCGCCUGAAUCCUCACUUUCUAACGAUACAGCAGAGGAGGCUACAAUAGAUCUAGUAGAAGAUGUCGAGAAUAUUGCACUGGGCGAUCUGAGUUCAGGUUUUUCCAACUUGACCCAGGCCAAUCGAACCCUUUUCGAUGCAUUACAGUCCAACUGGAUUUCGGACUCGAGCACUGGUGGAGGUCGUCGCUUGAUCAUGCCCACUAAGCGAAUCAGUUUACGUAGCCCGCCGAUGACCGAUGACACCCAUUCACGCAUUCCCGGUCACACAGACAGCACCAGUGUACAUAAAAUUUCCAUAGAAGAUCCUUCGGCAAUCGAUCAGUCCUCAACUACUCCCGAGACCAAAAAAUCCCCUGGUACUUCCCCGUCGCUGUUGGAAUCCAAUUCAUCACCCACUUCGAAUUCCACCUCAUCCCCACUACUCAAUACUCGUAUCCCAACUUCCUGUGGGAUGAUGGCAUCAAUUAAAAUACGGCAUGCUACGAAAACCCACCGGCUACCUCCCUUCGUGAUAAGCGAGAAUGAUUUCGGACCUGGAGACCUACUAGAGGAGUUAAGGUCCAGCGAGAUGGCAACCAACGGACUGGGUUCCAGAGAGUUUCUCGACCCCGACUUUUCCGAACUUCCGCACACCUCAGAUAUGAAUCUCAACAAGGCCCGUUUUCGAUCCCAUCGCACCAUCAAACUCCGUCCAGGCGUAGAUGGACCCCUGAAUGAUGCCACCUGACGACAGAUCUACCACUUUCUCCUUCCAUUUGUUCCUAUUGGAUUUCCAACUACGCCGCCUGCGCUCCAUCCCGGGUUACCAACCUUCCGCUUCCCAUCUCUGAUCAGCUGAUUGCUGAUAAUACUGUCAUGUGAUUCAUGCUUGUACCCGCAACACAUUGCCCCCCNAUCUGCGGUUUUGCACUCUUUCCGCUUCUGAGCUUAGUGGACCUCCUGAUACAACCACCUCCCUAUCCUGUUUUAUAUUCAUUCGGCUACAUAGCGAGCUGUUGCUGACUUUUUUUGCUCCGACCAGUUCGCUGAGCGUUGCUAUAUUUUGGAGUAAUGAAAUUUGGCGCGAGGUUUGUCUCUGGACUGAUGUUUCAUCAUGGGCCAUCUUAUCCUGUGCGAGGCUUUGUCGAUCCCUGUGUAUAGACUAUCAGCACACCAUUCAGGCUGUUUACCUUUUUUCUAUACUUUUUAUAAUAGGCAGUUGUAAAGCCGUUUUACCACCCGUCGAAGGCAAUCGGUUGUCAGAAUUCCCUGUACCAUUCUCUGUCAUCCAGCCGUCGGAUACCCCACCAUUUCGCUGUUCCCAAAUUGUUUGUCAAUCUUCUGGCACGCGCAUAGCCUUUCAUUCGUUCCUUUUCUGACGUUGUUCUUACUGACUUUUCCUCAACAUUUUUUAUAUGAAGAGACAGAGUGCUUUUCUUUCCUUACUUUGCUUACAUUUGGUCUGUCCACAUGUGCAACUGCGUGCCGUUUCAAGUUUAUAUGUAAU